AUGGAGCAAGGACACAGCCACACCGAGAGCCCCAGGCCCUGGCCUGCUGAGGUGAAGACCGAAACCUGUCCCAGGGGCUGGAGAGCUGCAGGCCUGCUGCUGCUGCUGGCAUUGGUCACUGCAGGGGCUGUGGCUGGAGGGGUGCUGGGCUUUGCACACAGCCCUCCCAAGCCAUGGUUACAGAUGCUCCGACUGACGGUCCCAAGCCCCCGGCUUCCCUGGCCCAACCAAACCACCCUGGUAGACAUGUCCCAGAACAUGGUGACCAUCAUGGUGACUCCACUGCAGAGCAAUCACAGCUGGGCCGUGCUAUUUGAUGGCCAGAGUGGCUGCAUCUGUUACCGUCCCGCAGAGCACAAGGCCUGCUUUCUCCAACUGAUGGAGGCCCAAGAUUGGGAGACCCUGCGGCUGCUGGUGAACACUUCCAGGGCCCAAGGGUCCCACAUACUUGGCCACGACACCCACCAUGCCCAGGAGCUGCUGGCAGUGCUUGGGGGCCAUGCUGUGGAUCCUGCCCAGGUGGGGGCUUCAGUGCAGCGCCUUUGUGCAAAGACUCCCAUUUACUGGGCCCGGCGAGCAGAGGGACCCCAGAGGCAACGGCUGAUCUAUCUCUGCAUCGACAUCUGUUUCCCAAGUAAUAUCUGCGUAUCCGUCUGCUUUUAUUACCUCCCAGACUAAGUUCCCUGUCUGGUCCUUUAUCCCUCAGGCCAGCCUUGUUUCUACAGGUCAAUGGGCUGGCCAGAUCACUCAGCACCAUGGAGGGCAACUAUUUGCAGAAACUAAUAAACCCCUCCACCUGGCCGUG